CAUUUUUUUUUACCACACCGUAAAUAGACAAACCUGUCUAGAUAUUUUACCUCCUCAACAGCCUCUAUAUAUUUCACCCCAAAAGAACCCAUUCCGCCACCACACUAAAAAAAAAGGGGGAAAGAAGAAGAACAAGAAGAAGAAGAAAGAAACGAAGCCAUGGUUCUGCUGGAUAACAUGUGGGACGACGUCCUGGCCGGGCCUCAGCCCGAUCGCGGCCUGGGCCGGCUCAGGAGGAUCGGCACCAAGCCCCUCAACGUCGAGGGGGAAGGGGUGAGCACCACCAAGUUCGGGCAGUCGCUGUCGAUGCCGGCGAGCCCCUCGACGCCGGUGACUCCAGGGACGCCCGGCACGCCCGGAUCCGUCCCCAAGGAUAACGUGUGGAGGAGCGUUUUCAAUCCCGGGAGCAACCCCGCCACCAGGUCCAUCGGCGCUCAUGAGUUCUACGACCGCCCGUCCCAGCCAAACUCUCCCACCGUCUAUGACUGGCUUUACAGCGGGGACACGAGGAGCAAGCAUCGCUAGAUGAUGGAGGAGGAAUGUUGACGUGUCGUCGUCGUCGUGGCAAGAUUACUAUAAUAUAUAUAUACAAAUGAUGAAACGUUAUUAACUGAGAGAGCCUGUCCGUGUAGUAUAUAAAUAAAGCCGUUUUGUGGGAGGUGGUGUUGCCGUUUUAUUACCCGCCGUUUCUCGUCUCUGUAUUCUUCCCCGUCGAUCGGGGAAGAAAAGACUUUCGAGCUUUUUUUGAUGGUUUUCUUUGAUAUGCUUUGUUCCAUGACCAGCCACUAUGUUGUACUAUUACUACUAGCUACGACGUACUAUUAAACUACUGCUCUAAUGAAGCUUUUGCCGAUUUCUGUCCUGUACGCUCUUUCCCAGUCGUAUUUGUCAAAGUUCAUCCAGUUUCAGACACUCGGGUACUUACGGUUCAUCAUAGUGACGGGAGU